CGUUCACUAUUGUCUCAACAGCUCACACUUUGCUGACAUAUGAUGUCAUCGCAAAUAGAAAUGAAACCGCCUGUACAUUGGAGCAAAGUGUCGUGUUAGAUUCAGACAGGUGACACGGCGGCAGAAAGGGUUUCUGACACUGCGUGGAAAAAGUGCAGAUCCGCAGUAGACUGACCGUGAAGGCAGGAGUGAACCACUUUUGAGCACCUCGCAUUGCCUAUUGUGGGAGCUCCCCACCGGAGUGAUCGAUCCCCUGCAACCUGUGCGCAUGGCACGCAUUGGACCGAUAUUGAGUCGAAGGCGGUGUUGUGGCUGUACGGUGACGUCUUAAGGCAGGUCCUGGUCAAACCUACCAAUGGUACUAGUCGGUCCUACUCUGCUGGGACUGAUCGCAAUGAAUGGGUUUCGGAGCUCUGCACGGCAAAGGAGCACCCACAGCGCGACGAGGCGGAUAAGGGGAUGCGGCAUCGGAACGCGGGAGCGGUCCAUCAGCACCACAUACCAGACGAAGAGCGAGGGAACAACGAGCAGAGCCGAGAGCAAGUCGCGCCCGUUUUCAGUCUGCCGCCCCCGCCCUCUUCUCACCACAGAGUCCGCACUCCAACCACCGCCGCUCAGCGCCAGAGCCUCCAGGAGCUCCCGUGUGUGAGCCAGCCCCCUCGGAGACCGGUUCACAGCGGCGACCCGCUGCCGCUGGCGAGCUGCGACAGCAGCCGGCGACCUUCACAGCGAGGCGGCGAACCCAGCGCCGGUCAGCCGGUGCACCUGCGGCAGGAUCUCAUUCCCUGGGCCCCGGACGGCUCGCAGGAACCGCCGCCGCUGCAGUCAGAGAGGGAGGCUGUUUUUCCAAGCUGCCACUGCAGUUUCUCGGAACAAGAAGCGAACCUUCCUCCAAAUCAAUCCCAUCCUGUAGACUCUCUCACCCCGCAGCCCUCCCCGCCUUUCCCACCACUCCUGCCGCCGCCACCAACGUCUUCCUCCUCUCUGCUCUUUUCUCGGAGAUCUGGAAGAGGGGAUCGUCUCCGAAGGAGCGCCAAUAAUUACCAACAGGCGAACACCGUGGAACGCUGCAGGGGAGGAGGAGGAGCAGGAGGGCACCAAGACCACAGGCAGUUGUUGCAGCCACAGCAGCAGCAGCAGCACUGUCAUUUAGGACUCCAACAGAGGGACCCCUCCCCUGAAGGAAGCCGUGCAAACUCACAAAAAGGGCACUCUUUAGAUGCACGCGAGUCAAACGAGGCUAAGAAAGCGCUCGAGUGUCAGAUUCAGGAUCUGCAGCAGCAACAGAUCCCACAAUUGCGAGCGCAGCAACAGCUACUGGUGGGAAGCAGCUUGCCCGUCAACUACUGCGCAAGCGGCACCAGAGAGCUAUGUAGAACUCACCGGGCUCCUCUGCUGCAACAGCAGGAGCGGCAGCAGCUGCUGCAGCAUCGGCAGCAGCAACGGCUGCAGCAGCAGCAGCAAGGCGCGCCGGGGCUCCGUCCCCAGCCUUCGCAGCAGCAGCAGCAGCAGCAGCACUGUGACAGAGAACGCAAUAAGUGUGAACGGAUCGCCGCGGAGGGCGGUCAGGCGCAGUCACACAGCCGCGUAACCCCCCCUGCAACACCGCACGCAUACGCGGGGAACUCGUCUGCUUCUGGCAGCCACAGCAGCAAAGACAGCCCCAACUACGGCUCCAGCUAUCACCUGUGGCCCGAGAGCCCGCAUAAAGGAGAGGAGAGGAUCCGCAUCGACCUCCAUAAGACCUCAACUGAGCAGAAGAAGCUGAGCCAUGCUGGAUCCAAGCCCUCCCUUUCUGAGAGCAGUGGCCGACUCCCUCAGAUAGCCAUGAACACCUGCAAGUACAAUGGCGGAGUGGUAAGACCAUUAGUAGGCAGCCUGGCGUCCUCGUCGCGCCGAAACCUUGCGGAGCUCGACUCGGAAACGCAACCCUUGCAGACGCUGCACAGCUCUGGCUUGGAGGUGGUGGUGUCCAAGGGCAACGGCGGAGAGGACCCCAGUAAGGCAUCCAACGAGAGCCUGGUAAGGGAGGGUAGCGGGCAAAGCGGCGGCAGGGCUCCACAGAAGAAGAACAAGGACAUUGGCUACAAGCUCGGUCACCGGAGGGCGCUGUUCGAGAAGCGAAAGCGACUCAGUGACUACGCACUCAUCUUCGGGAUGUUUGGGAUUGUUGUCAUGGUGACGGAGACAGAACUUUCAUGGGGGGUUUACACUAAGGAAUCCUCAUACUCAUUUGCACUGAAAUGCCUUAUCAGCCUUUCCACUGUUAUUUUGCUUGGUCUUAUAAUAAUGUACCACGCCCGAGAAAUCCAGCUGUUCAUGGUCGACAACGGAGCAGAUGAUUGGAGGAUAGCCAUGACAUAUGAGCGAAUUUUCUUCAUUGUGCUGGAGCUUCUGGUGUGUGCCAUUCACCCCAUCCCAGGCCAGUACGUCUUCACUUGGACGGCGCGGCUGGCCUUUACCUACACACCGUCUGUGGCUGACGCCGACGUGGACAUCAUCCUCUCUAUACCCAUGUUCCUGAGACUCUACCUGAUUGGCAGGGUCAUGUUACUCCACAGCAAGCUGUUCACUGAUGCCUCGUCCCGCAGUAUCGGCGCCCUCAACAAGAUCAACUUCAACACGCGCUUUGUCAUGAAAACCCUCAUGACCAUCUGUCCGGGAACAGUGUUGCUGGUGUUCAGUAUAUCCUCCUGGAUCAUUGCUGCAUGGACUGUGCGUGUCUGUGAGAGGUAUCAUGACAAACAGGAAGUGACCAGUAACUUCCUGGGAGCCAUGUGGCUCAUCUCGAUCACCUUCCUUUCUAUUGGCUACGGUGACAUGGUUCCACACACGUACUGUGGGAAAGGCGUGUGUCUUCUUACAGGGAUCAUGGGGGCAGGUUGCACUGCGCUGGUGGUAGCAGUGGUUGCCAGGAAGCUGGAGCUGACCAAGGCUGAGAAGCAUGUUCACAACUUCAUGAUGGACACACAACUCUGCAAACGAGUAAAGAACACAGCUGCCAAUGUACUCAGGGAAACAUGGCUCAUUUACAAACACACCAAGCUGGUCAAGAAGAUCGAUCACGCCAAGGUGCGGAAACACCAGCGCAAGUUUCUCCAAGCCAUCCACCAACUGCGCAGCGUGAAGAUGGAACAGAGAAAACUCAAUGAUCAGGCCAACACCUUGGUGGACCUUGCAAAGACACAGAAUGUGAUGUAUGACCUGGUGUCGGAACUGCAGGAGCGCAGCGAGGAGCUGGACAAGCGGAUCGGGACAUUGGAGGACAAGCUGGACUCGGUGGCGGGCAGCUUGCAGGCACUGCCCUGCCUCAUCUCCCAAGCCAUAACCCAGCAGCAGCAGGACUUCCUGGACGGCUUCGUUCACCGCUUCCGGCCUGCCUCGCUAGCGUCGGAGCGCUCUGAACGCUCAGACAGAUCUUGGACUUCCACCACCCGUAGGCGGCGCUCUCCUUCCACAGCACCACACACGUCUUCUGACAGUGGAUAACCUUGAGGAACCCUGUAUUAGUCCGCCCUAUCAGACAGCACCUUUUUUCCAAGCCGUCCUUGCAUCCACUGCGAGCCCAUGUCUGGACUAAUAAUUAACCAUAUCUUGACCCCGUGACCUGAUUCUCACCUCUAGUCUCUCUCUUCCUCUUCCUCUCUGUCUCUCUCUCUCUCUUGCCCAGUCUCUGUCUUUUUUCCAUUCUCCCAUGUCCAAAACCCCCCCCCCAAAAAAGAAAAAGAAUCCAAAACCUCUAAAAUCCAGUUUCUCUGUGACUGAGCCUCUCAGCACACAUAAUGCUGGAUUAGAGCUUCUCAAAAAGAACAAGAAAAGGCAAACGAAUAACGGGGAAAACACAAAAUGCAUCCAAAAAUGUCAGAGAAAAAAAAAAGAUCAAAAAAUGACAGAGAUAAAGUAGAGGUAUGGUUUAUGUUUUAGCCAUUGUAUGGCUGUUCCUGUUAGCUUUUUUGUAAAAGCCCUUGUAUAGUUAAAAAAAUGACUGAGUUCAGGGUCGCUGGAGUGAGAGCUGGCUAUCACACCGGAGAGUCCUUAACCACACGGGGUGGGGUGGAUGUUGGUCUGUGGAGCAGAGGUCCUCGGGUCACCUGCUGGCCCUCUGGGGCCACGGAGGACAUCUGUCCACCCAUCUGUCCGUUUCUGUUUGUCCAAGGAGAGGAUCCAGAUAAACCAUUUGAUUUCCUUCACAAAAAGACAAGCGUCAUGGAUUCUUUCUCACAGCUUAGGGUGAAAGCUUUAGGAGAAACCAGGAAAGCUCUGACUCCAGGUCAAUGCCUGAAAAUGCACUUCAAGAGGAGGAGAAAUGGUCGCAUGAAAAGAGGAUGGACAUGGCAUUACUCCAAGGUAGGGGAAAUGUACUCGUUUGCCAACUUCAAGGUGUCAGCUUCCUUGUUCUUACCAAGGAAGAAGAAAAAAAGAGAGCAACUAUCUUUUUUAGUUACAUAUUGACAUGUGAUUUUUCAGUGCCUGAAUGUAUAAAUAGUAGAGGGUUAUUUAAUUACUAAUUUCAAAGCUUUUUUACAAUGUUAACAGUCUGAAUACAGCAUUGCAUUCCUUUUUCAGAUACAUUCCUCUCCAAAAAUGUAAAGAAACUGUCUUAAUGUAAUGCAUAUCAUUGCCUCCAUUACACCACAACUCCAAACAUCUGUUUUUGAUUCCUGUUUCUACUAACAGUAUCAAAUGAAAAGUUCAGAGAUGAACGUAGAGAAUAUUUGUUAGUCUGACUUCCGGCUCAGUGCUGCACACCACAAUGAAACAUGAUGUAGUCUACCUUUCUCACCAGUUAAUUAGAGCUUCCUGUGGUCUUGGGAAAUCGGCAUGGCUUGAAUGGCGCUGUUAUACAGCCACAUGUCAGCGGAGGAACUGAGAAACCUACCUGGCUCCUUUGCAUGGUUCUGUUGCAAAAAUAAUGAGAGAUCAUAAUCUUCCUGCUUGAUUAUUUUAUGAUUUUUCUUUUUUUGGUUUUAAUAUCGUACUUCUGCUUGUUUGUUUGUCGCUUUCUAUCCUUUUUUAAAUACAUUUUUACUUUUUUAACUAGGAUAUUUAGCAUUCUAGAUUUGCUGAUCUUAGAGAGUUGUGGUAAUGUUCAUUCUGUAAUGCAUUCCCUGUUUAAAAUAUGAGGUGAGGGUUAAAAAGUCACUAUUAAAAAAAAAAAAAUUGAAAGGAUCCAAAUAAAAGUGUUGAAGAAACUUAGAACAGUGAACCGAUCCGUCUUUAAAUGGGAAAGAAACGCUUCCGUUCCACCCGUCUUUCUUGCUGACUGACUGUUAUAUUAGCUAAAUUGGUUGGAUUAUAAAAUCUCGGCCACUAAAUGCCAUUUUUGAAACAUACAAAGUAGUUUUUUUUUUUUUUUACAGAAUUUGGGGGGAAAAAAUGUGUUAUUGUUUCCUACUGUGAAACUAUUCCUACCUGAUGGUUCAUCUACUAGAUCUAGAUAGGAAGAAGGCCCAAUAAAAUGAUAAAACUGAGAGUUUGAGUGAACCUGUGGUGUAUAUUAUGCAUAAUUGAACAUAUAAACUGUGGCCUCUGCAAAACAGGGACGUCCCACUGGGCAAAAGCUGUGGCUUCAGUGUCCAGAUGAGGCAAAGCUCCACCAAACUUUAAAGGGUUCAUUUGGGUUUUUUGAAGAGCAGUUCUGCAAAUGUAUUAUUAUUAAUACAAGUUUCACUUCCUGCAGUAGAAAGAUGUUUAUCACUGAGACGUUACUGUAAAAGUAAAGAUAUCCUUGGAGUAUUGAUCAUCAUGUUUUAGUGAACUUUAACAGGUUUUGCCUGUUAAAGUUCACUUUAACAGGCAAAACGCUCAUGUUUGUCUUUUAAAGUCUGGUCUUGAUCACCAUGGAGGAGAGGUUAUGGCAGGCCAUUUUAACAUAAAAUCUGUUUCAUCUAUCUAUAAUUAUUUUCCAGGGAUCUAAAAAUGAGCUUUGACUAGAGACUGAUACAUUUUGACUCUCCUGAAUGUUAAUUUAAGAUAUUUGUAUUUAUGUUAUGACUAAAAAAGAAGAAUUCAAGAUGUCUUCAGUUACAUUUCGACGGAUCAUUAUACCUUUCAAGACAUCUCAACGAAGUUACCAGAUUCAUCAUCAUCCGUAACACACACCAUUUGUGAUUACAAUUCAAGAAGAUUUAAUUAAUGUUACUAGAUAAGAUAGCUAUUUUGCCUAGUAGAAAUAUAACUAGAGAAAUUUUAAUGUACUAAUAUGUAUAGCGAUGAACCUACCUCAAAUAUCUCUUGAUUUUACAAAACAACCUGUCAAAGUGAACAAUUUUCAAUCUUUUCAGUGAAGAAGAGCACAUGUUGGCCAUGGUGUAAAUUAGACUCAACACUGCCUCCUAUUAAGUACCAUCAACAUUCUCCCUCAUCUGCCUCUCCUGAUAGUAAGUCACUGACUCUUACUGAAAAGAACUUUGCAGAACUUUUCUUCAAAUAAAUCUAAGCUGACUCUGACUCUAUCCUGACGUUUUAGUGGAACCUUUGGAAACACAUGUUUUUGUCUAAGACUGAGCCAUAAUCAAUUAUUUUCUUUAGUUAACAGAACCUCACUUUCCAUCUGACCUUUAUGUGCUUCUUUCUGUUAAUUCAUUGCAUAUUCUUCCAAAGGAAUGUUGCCAUAAAUAAAUCCGUCUUAAAUUUUGAAAAACCUCACGCCUUUGAAAGGCACCGUCACUUAUAUGACAAUCCCAAUACCUGCAAAACUUUAAGUGCAUAAUAUAAUGCAUAAUUUCAAUGCACAAUGUAUUUCCUUAUCAAACUGAACACCUUUUUAUUUUGAAUUUGGAAAAUGUUUUUAGUUCAAAGUUGAAAGGAAGAAAUAAUGAUAAUAAGGCAUGCUUGCAUUUUCACACUAUCCUGGCAGAUAAACACCAGAGCACUUUAUCUUAAGUGUCAGGGAAAUAAUGACUUGAACAUCAACAUGUCUCAUUGAUAUCAAUGUUUUCUUAUUUAAAAAAAAUAUAUCUGACUCUCCCUGGAUAAAAAGAUGGCUCAUUUUCAAACAACAUGAAAGAAAGUAAUACAGUUACUGAUGAAGAAUCGAAGCUUCAGAAGGUUUUGUGAUGCCAACUUAUUCUUAACAUUCACCAAAAAAUGUAUUCUUCUCUUAGAUGUCUAAAAUUCACUUUAGAUGUCUAUUAGAUGUGGGCCAAACAACCCGGUGCUGCGUCUGGUUCUGAUCAGAAACAUUUAGAAAAUACAUCAGAAAUUAUAACCAAACACAAAAACCUUUUUGACCUUUCAGUCCAAUUACAGCCAAAACAUCCGUCAAGAAUUUAGGAGCAGUUUAGAUUAGAUCCAUUUCACCAUCAUGUUCCAGAUUGCUAAGACAAAAAAGCCAGGAGGGAAACCCAAAAAUCCCCAUAAUCAUUGGUUGACUUAUGUGAGUAGCUAUGUAAAUAUUCCCAUUGGGAAUGCUCAGCACACCUUCAGAGCCAGGCUGCCAGGAGGUAUUUCUUCCAAACCACUCCAGUCUCUUCAACUUCUUUCAGUGUAGAGGAGCAGCAGCUCCAUUUCCGUUGGUCUCCUAAUGAUGACGCGUCUCUGUGUGCUUCUGAGCUUAAGAAGCUUCAGUUUUGUCUCUUUCUAUUGGCUUCUUCAGAUCAACACCUUCAGUCUGAGGCCAAGGAAAAAGUUAGACUUCUCCCUCUGAGUUGGGGUCAGAUAGUCUGUGAGACUGUUUGAUUGGAGACCAAAGGUGCAACAUUUGUUAUUCCAGCUGCUGUUUCUCUUUCAGACUUUGUCAAUCCAAAGAAAUCCUUUGAACAACCUGACUCUGAGAGCAACUUUCUGCUUUGCAGAAUGUAAACAAAAAGUUGGAGUUGGAUCAGCAUUUAGCGAUUGUAGGAUUUCUCUUUUGUCUUUGGCAAAAGAUUACAAACCAUUUCUCCCUAAAAUCUCGACUCACACUCACCAGUGGGUAAAUACGACCCAGAAUGCCCUGCCCUAUAGUCUGCUUCCUGCUUUUGGAGCGAUCACAUGUGGAUUUGAACACCAGUUUUCACUUCAACCGAAUUGAGACCCAGGUCUGAAGACGGACCAGAGUUCACUUUUUUGAUCCACAUCAGAGUUUGAUUGCACAUUUAUAUUUUCCCAAACAAACCCCACUUUCUAGGCUAAUUAACCACAGUUUGACAAAAACAGACUAAAUAAUGCUGGUGUGAAUCCACCCUAAGUUUCUUGGGGUCUUGUUCACAAAUGGUGGGAGGAUGGAAUGGGAGAUGAACAGAUGGAUUAGGGCUUCUUCUGCGAUAAUGAAGAAAGAGCCUAAUUUAAAAAGCAAAGCGUGGCUUGACUGUUCAGGAAUGUUGAAUGCAGAGCUGCUGCUUUUCCACUUCUGAUGGUGGUCAGUGUACAUGGUCCUAAAAUCUGAAAAGGAUGCAUCCUAGUCACCUUCCCUAUUAAGCUUCUCCUGGCAUUUUCCACUGUAGGAAGAUCUUAAGGAAGACUGGAAACUUGCUGCUGGGAUUAAUUACUCCAUUUGGCCAAGGAACACCUUGCAAUCUCCAUAAGGUGUCGUUGAGUAGAGGAGAUGUCUGGUUAUCCCUCCUGCGAUUUGAUCUCGCAGCAUUUUUUAUGGCUGUUUCUGUUUGACCAGUCGUCCUUAUUGAGUUCAAACAUUUUGAAGGACAUCACACUACUUUAGUUCACCUCAUAUUCACGUUUAGCUUUU